GAACCGCGACCCGGAGCGGGCCCCGGGCGUGCAGCCCUCACCAUGCGGGCUCACGCGUGGGAGACCGUGCUGCGGGGCUCCAACCGGAAUUCCCGAGUCCCCAGAUCCGCCCCCCACAGGAAAAUUUGCCCGUUCUUCCUGCCCUUCCUCUACAGGCCUUGCUCCUUCCCAAGCAGAUUUUUCUAAAAUCCAAAUCCCAGUUCACUCGGCACCCACUUGGAGCAAUUGAGAGCGUUUUCACCAAACGCCGUACAUAUGGCGUCGGAUUGUGCAACCUGAAAACGCUCCUGUUGUUUUUCGCAUCUGUACAGUGGGUGAAUCUUUUUCACUUGACACAGCCAAGCUGUCAUUCCUGUUGAUUUCCUAGAGAUGUCAUUUGUCCAAAAGCGCUGAGGGUUUUGAUUCCCACCAUGGCUAUCACACAGUUUCGGUUAUUUAAAGUUUGUACCUGCCUAGCAACAGUAUUCUCAUUCCUAAAGAGAUUAAUAUGCAGAUCUGGCAGAGGACGGAAAUUAAGUGGAGACCAAAUAACUUUGCCAACUACAGUUGAUUAUUCAUCAGUUCCUAAGCAGACAGAUGUUGAAGAGUGGACUUCCUGGGAUGAAGAUGCACCCACAAGUGUAAAGAUUGAAGGAGGGAAUGGGAAUGUGGCAACACAGCAAAAUGCUUUAGAACAACUGGAACCUGACUAUUUUAAGGACAUGACACCAACUAUAAGGAAAACCCAGAAAAUCAUUAUUAAGAAGAGAGAACCAUUAAAUUUUGGCAUCCCAGAUGGUAGCACAGGUUUCUCUAGUAGACUAGCAGCUACACAAGAUAUGCCUUUUAUUCAUCAAUCUCCUGAAUUAGGUGACUUGGAUACCUGGCAGGAAAAUACCAAUGCAUGGGAAGAAGAAGAAGAUGCGGCCUGGCAAGCUGAAGAAGUUCUGAGGCAGCAGAAGAUAGCAGACAGAGAAAAGAGAGCAGCAGAACAACAAAGGAAGAAAAUGGAAAAGGAAGCACAGCGGCUAAUGAAGAAGGAACAAAACAAAAUUGGUGUGAAACUUUCAUAACAAAAUGUCCUUCAGAUGCAUAGUGCCAGUGGGAGAAAUGUGAGCUCCACAACCCAAGCAACAUUUGUAUGGAGCUAAGAGUAUUUUCAGAAUGCAAAUACAGUGCUUGAUUUUAAUGCAUUCAUCAGGCCAUACAGGACACCAGGAUUCUCUCAAAGUCCCUUGAACUCUUGGUGAUUGAGACUCAAAGGACAAAAAAGACUUGUGAGACAAUAUUUUCUUCAACAUGUUCCAACUGUAAGACAAUUGUUUGCUGUAGGGAAAUUAUUACAAAUGGAAUAUAUCAGUACCUCUUCAAGCUAGUGUUUCUAGCUAAUUAAAUGGGUGUAAAUUUUAUGGUGGGAAAGAACUCUGCUGUCUAUAAUGCUUUCCUUCAAUGUGCAUAAUGAUAAAAUAAAUAAUUUUAAAUAUUCUUUUGUUUCCAUGAUUACCUGACCUAAAUCAGACAAACUUGCAGAGCUUUAACUUCUUAUUUUUGUUGUCAGAAGCUGGUAUUGGCACACAUUUCCUUUAACUUGAACUGGUAUUCAUUAGGGAUCUGGUAAUUUCGGUUUUCAAGAAAAUGACAUUAAAUGCAAUAAUUUUAUUUAUUACAAACAUUUUGUACAUCAUUGUUUUCUUUUAGAUGGUGUUGUAAUGUUAUACAUAUUUGUCAUUUAUAUUACAUGUAUAAACAUUGAAAAUCAGCUAAAAUGGCAAAUUUGUUUUACGUUAUUAUAACUUGUGAGUUUUAAAAGCUAGUAUUAGUAGUUUUUCCCUGUCGUUGUAGAUUUUAAGAUGUUAUGGUAUCUUUAAGUACCUUAGCUCCUCCCCACCAAAAGGCAUUAAUUUACAAAUGCAUAUAGCCUUCAGUUUUACUAUUUCAAAGCUUUUAGAUAAUUUCUGUAUCAGUUUUAUAUAUCUGACAUAAUGCAGGUUACCUAUGUUGUUGACUAAGGUAACAUUAACAUUAUUGAUUUAUUAAACCAAGAUAGGAAUAAUAAUACUUCUAUUUUCAGAUGUUGACUAGCUUCAAAAUAGUUUUCAGGAAAUAGAUAUAGACUGUGUUCAUAGGGAAAAAUGUAGAUUUGAUAGUUUAAAAUCUCAUUAAUUUUGUCUCCACAAUUAAAAUAUAUCCAGCCUGACCUUCUAUGGCUUUAGAAUUUAAUAUUUUUACUUUCUUAAAAGCUGUUGCCCAAAUGAACAUUUUGUGGAUUUUGAAAAUGUCACAAAUACUCUACAGGCCAAACAUUGCUAAUUUAUUUGAAUUAAAGUGAUAUUUCAUGGUAAAAUCAGAAACUAUACAGUGAGCUAAGUUCUUACCCUAA